CUCUUCGCCCAAUGCCGCGACAUCCGCACCAUCUCCCUCGCCCACAACGAGCUCUCCGGCUACAUCCCGCCCGCGGUCGCCUCCUGCUCCUCGCUCCUCUCCCUCAACCUCUCCUCCAACCGCCUCGCUGGCCCGAUACCCGACGGUAUCUGGUCGCUGCCCUCGCUCCGCUCUCUGGACCUCUCCGGGAAUUCGCUGUCGGGGAGUGUUCCUGGCGGGUUCCCCCGGAGCAGCUCGCUGCGGGCGCUGGAUUUGAGCCGUAACCUUUUCGCUGGGGAGAUACCGGCCGAUGUCGGAGAGGCGGCGCUUCUUAAAUCGCUGGAUCUCGGGCGUAACUUCUUCACCGGCGGCUUGCCGGAUUCUCUCCGGAGGCUGACCGCGCUGCGGUUCCUUGGCGCCGGCAGCAAUGCGCUCGCUGGCGAGGUGCCGGCGUGGAUCGGGGAGAUGUGGUCGCUGGAGCGGCUUGACCUGUCGGGCAAUCGCUUCGCCGGCGUCAUCCCCGACGACAUCGCGAAAUGUAAGAACCUGCUGGAGGCCGAUCUCAGCCGGAACGCGCUGACCGGCGAGCUCCCAUGGUGGGUGUUCGGCCUGCCACUGCAGCGCGUCUCGGUCGCCGGCAACAAGCUCGACGGGUGGGUCAAGGUCCCCGGAGAUGCCGCGUUGGCGUUGCAUGUGCUGGACCUGUCGAGCAACGCGUUCUCCGGCGGGAUCCCGCCGCAGAUUACUGCCUUCGCGGGGUUGCAGUUUCUGAACCUGUCCUCGAAUUCCAUAUCGGGGCAGCUGCCUGCUGGCAUUGGUGGGAUGAGGCUGCUGGAGGUGCUCGACGUGAGCGCUAACACGCUGACCGGAAGCGUGCCACCGGAGAUUGGCGGCGCCGUGGCGCUCCGGGUGCUGAGGAUGGGGGACAAUUCGCUCACCGGCCGCAUACCGGCACAGAUUGGGAGCUGCAAUUCCCUCGUUGCACUGGAUUUGUCGCACAACGACAUCACGGGACCGAUUCCAAGCACCCUGGGGAACCUCACCAGUCUUCAGGCUGUUGAUCUCUCCCAGAACAGGCUGAAUGGGACCCUGCCGGUGGAGCUUUCUAAUCUGCCCAGCUUGCACAUCUUUGACGUCUCCCACAACUUGCUAUCAGGAAAUCUCCCCAACAGCCGUUUCUUCGACAAUAUCCCCGACUACUUCCUAUCAGACAAUUCCGGCCUAUGCAGCUCCAGGAAGAACAAUUCCUGCGGUGUGGUCAUGCCGAAGCCGAUUGUACUCAACCCCAAUUCCUCAUCAAACCCCUUGUCGCAAUCCACACCAAGCUCCCCUAGCAGCAAGCACCACAAGAAAAUCAUACUGAGCGUCUCCACGCUCAUUGCCAUUGCGGGCGGUGCUGCCAUUGCCUUCGGAGUGAUCACUGUGACUGUGCUCAACCGUCGUGUCCGUGCAGCCGCCUCCCACCCAAAGCCUGCUAUUGCACUAUCUGAUGAUUACCUUAGCCAAUCCCCGGAGAAUGAUGCUAGCUCUGGGAAGCUUGUCAUGUUUGGUAAAGGCAGCCCAGAGUUCAGCACUGGUGGGCAUGCCUUGUUGAACAAGGACUGUGAGCUUGGGCGAGGAGGCUUUGGUGCCGUCUACAAGACGGUGCUCAGAGACGGACAGCCGGUGGCCAUCAAGAAGCUCACCGUGUCUAGCUUGGUGAAGUCUAAGGAUGACUUUGAGCGACAAGUGAAGGUGCUUAGCAAGAUGCGGCACCACAACAUUGUCACACUGAGAGGCUUUUACUGGACUUCGUCGCUGCAGCUGCUCAUCUAUGAUUACCUCCCAGGAGGAAAUCUGCACAAGCACCUCCAUGAGUGCACGGACGAGAACACUCUUUCCUGGAUGGAGAGGUUUGACAUUAUCAUCGGUGUUGCCAGGGGACUGAUGCACCUCCACCAGCAUGGGGUCGUCCAUUACAACCUCAAGUCAAGCAAUGUGCUGCUGGACAGCAAUGGCGAGCCCAGGGUCGGUGACUAUGGUCUUGCAAGCCUGCUCCCGAUGCUGGACCGGUAUGUGCUGAGCAGUAAGAUCCAGAGUGCACUCGGGUACAUGGCGCCAGAAUUCGCAUGCAAGACGGUGAAGAUCACCGAGAAGUGCGACGUCUAUGGCUUCGGUGUGCUUGCACUGGAGAUCUUGACGGGCAGGAGGCCCGUUGAGUACUUGGAAGAUGACGUGGUCGUGCUAUGUGAUCUGGUGCGAAGCGCGCUGGAGGAAGGCAGGCUGGAGGACUGCAUGGAUCCGAGACUGUGCGGCGAGUUCCCGAUGGAGGAGGCCAUUCCGAUCAUCAAGCUGGGCCUCGUUUGCACCUCGCAGGUGCCGUCGAACCGGCCGGACAUGGGCGAGGUGUUGAGUAUACUCGAGGUGGUGAGGAGUCCGCAGGACAGUCCAGGGGAUGAGAUGGUCUGAGGUCUCUUUUGAACUUUGUUCCGCGUGUAACUGGGUUUUUGUUUCUCUACUAGAUGCAUAUAUGAUGCCCGGUUGGGAAGAAGGGUGGGAGCGAUGGAGUGGUGAUGCAUUGUGGAAUGCAUGUAGUUUGUAGUUUGGUUCUGAAAUUUUAGGGGGUUGGCGAUGCUGCUUGUUGCUUCUCUGCAAUUCUUUGGUUCA